CGAUGGGGAAGCACUAAGAGUCAAUGCGUGUCCCUGAUUGGCAGUACCUUCUUCUGAAGCUGGAAGAACUCCAGACAAAAGUUGGCAGAUCUUUGUUAAUCGAACAGAUUUGGGAAGAAACAAAACAAAUGGAACACCAAUCAUACCCCUUAAGAACCACAUGAAAGCUCUUCGAGGCAUGAUAAAUACUACUGUCCAUGACCUGUUCCAAGUUAGGCCACUCCCAAAUCAGAUUCCCGGGUACCAGAUAAAUCUUGCUUCAGCAAUCAUUUGGUCCAUAAGAGAGCAAAGACUACAUGGGUGCGACAAAGCAGAUAACUUCAUGGAAUUCCAUCUCAAGCUUGAUGGCCGGCCAUUAUUUGGAAAAGACCAAAUAAACAUAGGAAUCGUUCCAGCAAAGCAUCCAUACUUAUCUAGUCAGAGCUCCAAAGCUGUGUAUACAGUGGCCAUUGCAAAUUGUGAAGAAAAUAGGCAAAACAUCAGAGACAUGAUUGUUGACAUCAAUUUCCAGAAAGACCAGAUUAAAAGGAAUGGCAUUUCUAUUGAUGGAAAAUUGUAUGGAAUCAAAUUUAAAGUUAUUCUUGAUUACAAAGGAUUCUGCCUCUUACUGGCUAAGGCAAAUGAUGGUAAUUUCGAGCUUGGUGGAAAAGGCCUCAACGUUGAAUUUUGCAUGUUUUGCCAUGCRAUACGGCUGUGUACCAAUUGUGAUCUUGGACCAAAUGAGGUUUGCCUGAAGCAUUUCUCUAUGUGCAAAGCAAAUAUUGGAGGGUAA